CUCGUGACGUCACGGGCCGGUUUCCCAGGACUGCUGCGGGAGUCGGAGGCUGCGGGGCGGGGAGAGUGCGGCCCAGGCUGCCGGAGCGGACACCUCUUAUCACCCGGAGACGAACCCAGGUGCGUGUGUGCGUGCGUGUGCGGCGUGAGGAAGCGGAGCAGUUUGUCCUUCUCUGCCGGGGGAUCCGAGCACCGAGCACCGGGAGCUCCAGACGAGGCGGGCAGCGGGCUACCGACGGCGGUGUUAGCUUCCGAGGCUCCGAGGCGGUCCGCGGGAGGCGUUAGCCCCUCUCCCCCGACACCUGGCCGACGGCUAGCUACCUGGCUACAGAAUCCCCAGCGCGCCGAUAGCGAUGGAGGACGGGAAGCCGGUGUGGGCGCCACACCCGGCGGACGGCUUCCAGCUCGGAACCAUCGUGGACAUCGGAGCCGACAGCCUCACCAUCGAGCCCCUCAAGCAGAAGGGCAAGACCUUCCUGGCUCCUGUGAACCAGGUCUUUCCUGCUGAGGACGACGUCAACAAACACGUGGAGGACAACUGUUCUUUGAUGUACUUGAAUGAAGCCACUCUGCUCAACAACGUCCGCGUGCGCUACAGCAAAGACAAGAUCUACACGUUCGUAGCCAACAUCCUGAUAGCAGUGAACCCGUACUAUGACCUCCCCAAGCUCUACUCCCCAGAGACCAUCAGCAAGUACCGCGGCCGGUCUCUGGGGACGCUGCCGCCGCACGUCUACGCCAUCGCUGACAAGGCCUACAGAGACAUGAAGGUCCUGAAGAUGAGUCAGUCCAUCAUCGUCUCGGGGGAGUCCGGAGCCGGCAAGACGGAGAACACCAAGUUCGUCCUCAGGUACUUGACGAGCUCUUAUGGAACGGGGCAGGACAUUGACGAGCGCAUCGUGGAAGCCAACCCGCUGCUCGAGGCCUUCGGAAACGCCAAAACGGUCCGAAACAACAACAGCAGCCGCUUCGGGAAGUUUGUGGAGAUCCAUUUCAAUGAGAAGAACGCCGUGGUGGGGGGCUUCGUGUCGCACUACCUGCUGGAGAAGUCCAGGAUCUGCAGGCAGAGCAAAGAGGAGAGGAACUACCACAUCUUCUACCGGCUGUGUGCUGGAGCCCCCGAGCCCAUCCGCCAGAAGUUCCACCUUAGCUCCCCGGACACCUUCAGGUAUCUGAACAGAGGAUGCACUCGCUUCUUCGCCUCCAAAGAGACGGACCAACAGGUCCUGCAGAACCGCAAGAGCGCCGAGCACAUGAAGGCGGGGCCUCUGAAGGACCCGCUGCUGGACGACCACGGAGACUUCCACCGGAUGUCGGGCGCCAUGAAGAAGAUCGGCCUGGACGACACGGAGAAGCUGGACCUGUUCCGGGUGGUGGCCGGCGUGCUGCACCUCGGCAACGUGGACUUCGAGGAGGCCGGGAGCACCUCAGGUGGCUGCAACAUCAAGAACCAGUCGAGUCAGGCGCUGGAGCACUGCGCCGAGCUGCUGGGCCUGGGGGAGGACGACCUGAGGGUCAGCCUCACCUCCAGAGUGAUGCUCACCACGGCAGGGGGCGCCAAGGGAACCGUCAUCAAAGUUCCCCUCAAAGUGGAGCAGGCCAACAACGCGCGGGACGCCCUGGCCAAGGCGGUGUACAGCCGGCUGUUCGACCACGUGGUGACGCGGGUCAACCAGUGCUUCCCCUUCGACUCCUCCGCCAACUUCAUCGGCGUCCUGGACAUCGCCGGCUUCGAGUACUUUGAGCACAACAGCUUCGAGCAGUUCUGCAUCAACUACUGCAACGAGAAGCUUCAGCAGUUCUUCAACGAGCGCAUCCUGAAGGAGGAGCAGGAGCUGUACCAGCGGGAGGGGCUGGGGGUCAACGAGGUUCACUACGUGGACAAUCAGGACUGCAUAGACCUGGUGGAGGCGAAGACGGUCGGCGUGCUGGACAUCCUGGACGAAGAGAACCGACUUCCUCAACCCAGCGACCAGCACUUCACCGACACCGUGCACAACAAACACAAGAACCACUUCCGCCUCACCGUACCCAGGAAGUCCAAGCUGUCCGUCCACAGGAACGUGAGGGACGAUGAAGGAUUCAUCAUCAGACACUUUGCAGGCGCCGUGUGCUACGAGACGACCAAGUUCGUGGAGAAGAACAACGACGCCCUGCACAUGUCCCUGGAGUGUCUCGUCAGCGAGUCCAAGGACCGCUUCGUCAGAGAACUCUUCGAGAACUCCAACAACAGCCGAGACGGGAAGCAGAAGGCCGGGAAGCUCGGCUUCAUCAGCGUGGGCAACAAGUUCAAGACCCAGCUGAACAUCCUGCUGGAGAAGCUGCGCAGCACGGGCUCCAGCUUCAUCCGCUGCAUCAAACCCAACCUGAAGAUGAUCAGCCACCAGUUUGAAGGCGCUCAGAUCCUCUCCCAGCUGCAGUGCUCCGGCAUGGUGUCGGUUCUGGACCUGAUGCAGGGCGGCUUCCCCUCCAGGGCCCCCUUCCACGAGCUCUACAACAUGUACCAGCAGUACAUGCCUCCCAAACUCACCCGCCUGGACCCCCGCCUCUUCGUCAAGGCCCUGUUCAAAGCUCUGGGGCUCAACGAGAACGACUACAAGUUCGGCCUCACCAGAGUGUUUUUCCGCCCCGGGAAGUUUGCAGAGUUUGACCAGAUCAUGAAGUCGGACCCGGACCACCUGGCAGAGCUGGUGAAGAAGGUCAACAAGUGGCUCAUCCACAGCCGCUGGAAGAAGGUCCAGUGGUGCUCCCUGUCCGUCAUCAAAUUGAAGAACAAGAUCCUCUAUCGGACCAGCGCCUGCGUCCAGAUGCAGAAGACGGUUCGGAUGUGGCUCUGCAGGAGGAAGCACAAGCCUCGGAUCGACGGGCUGGUGAAGGUGCGUCACCUGAAGACGAGGAUGGACCGGUUCACCGAGGUGGUGUCGGGGCUGAAGGAGGGGAAGCAGGAGAUGAGUCAGCAGAUCCACCACCUGGAGGCAGCGGUGGACGCGCUGAUGCUCAAAAUCAAGCACACCGCCAUGACCCGGAUAGACAUCGACCACGAGUACCGGGCCCUGGUGACCCGCUCGGAGCAGCUGCUGAGCGCCAUGCAGGAGAAGAAGAAGGAGGAGGAGGAGCGCGAGCGGCUGCGACGCAUCGAGGAGGAGAUGGAGCGCGAGCGGAGGAGGAGGCAGGAGGAGGAGCAGCGCCGCAAGCAGGAUGACGACGACCGGCGUCUGAAAGCCGAGAUGGAGCUGAAGAGGAAGCAGGAAGAGGAGGAGAGGAAGAAGAGGGAGGAGGAGGAGAGGAAGAUGCAGGUGGAGAUGGAGCUGCAGCUGCAGGCGGAGCGGGAGGAGGACGCGUCCCGGCAGACCGUCCUGGAGCAGGAGAGGAGGGACCGCGAGCUGGCGCUGAGGAUCGCUCAGAGCGAGUCGGAGCUCAUCCCCGAGGAGGUGCAGAGCGACGCCGGCCUGCGCAGUAACGGCUCCUCACUUCCAGCGUCCCCAGAGAGAGCAGCCUCCGCUGGGACCACAAUGCUCAAGAGCCUCACCAUGGAGGAAAUGGCGAAGGAGAUGACGGAGCUCCUGGCCAGAGGUCCACAGGUCCAGGCCUCCAAGGCGGCCGCCGAGGCCAAGAAGUACGAGCUGAGCAAGUGGAAGUACGCCGAGCUGCGGGACGCCAUCAACACCUCCUGCGACAUCGAGCUGCUGGCCGCCUGCAGGGAGGAGUUCCACCGGCGCCUGAAGGUGUACCACGCCUGGAAGUCCAAGAACAAGAAGAGGAACACGGAGACGGAGCAGCGAGCGCCCAAAUCCAUCACGGACUACGGUCGUUCUCCUCCUGUGAACAAAGCAUCUCAGCAGAACCCGGCUCCGCCCAUCCCGGCGCGGCAGCACGAGGUGGCGAUGAACCGGCAGCAGCGCUACUUCCGCAUCCCCUUCAUCCGCCCGGGGGACCAGUACAAAGACCCCCAGGGCAAGAAGAAGGGCUGGUGGUACGCCCACUUCGACGGGCCCUGGAUCGCCAGGCAGAUGGAGCUGCACCCGGAUAAGCACCCCAUCGUGCUGGUGGCAGGGAAGGACGACAUGGAGAUGUGCGAGCUGAGCCUGGAGGAGACCGGGCUCUCCAGGAAGCGAGGCGCCGAGAUCCUCCCCCGGCAGUUUGAGGAGAUCUGGGAUCGCUGCGGCGGCACUCAGUACCUCCGCGGCGCCAUCGAGAGCCGGCAGGCGCGCCCCACCUACGCCACCGCCAUGCUGCAGAGCGCCUUCAAGUAGGGGGGGGGGGGUCAAUGCAGACAAA